UGGUGGCGGUGAGGGAUGGCCACCCUGCACCCCAGGGCAGCAGGAUGAGGCCCCCGGUGCUAUCGCAGGGAGCCGGGUCGUGUUUGGGCUAAAGCCACCGGCAGCUGUGGCCAGUGCCACCCCCCCUGCGCUGGGCCAGGGUCUCCACGGUGGGUCUGCAUGACCCCCCACGUGCACUGGGACACAGCGGAGGGGGGUGUGUGUGUUCCUUGAACGUUUUCCUUACAAAUUCCUGGUGGCAAAGCAAACGCACACUGAAGAGUGAUUCACUGGUGGGUGCGCAGAUGGGUGGUUCUGGGGUGCUGCUCUCACCAAACCACCCCAGGACCGGGGGCGGCCGACGGGGUCUCUGGUCACGGGCGAUGGGGGACUGGGGUCAGCUCCUUCCCGGCUGCCCCGGCGCAGGAUCGGGGCCGUUGUGGCUGCCGGGGUGUGGUGCUGCUGGGGGGCCCCCGGUGCAGCCCCCGCUGCUGGGGCAUGGCAGGAGCCGGGCUGACGUGGAAGCGGCACGCAGAGGCUGGAAACGUUUAUACGGCAGAGAAAUAAAAGGGCAUAAACAGCAUACGACUGAUGUCAGGCUCUAGUUCUGGCCACGAUUAAGUAAACUUUGGUGCGUUUUCUGCAUUCUCAGCCACCCAGUAUCGGUUUAACUUAUCUCUUACCACCCCGACCCAAACCCUCCCGGUGCCGCGGCGCUGCUCCGAGUCGGCCGGCGUCGGGAGGAGCUGCUGGGCCGACUUUGUGUGAGAAUGGAUGGAUCUGGCAAUUAAAGAGGGAACUCGAGCCAUUCCUCUCGUUCUGUUCCUCAUCCCUUUCAAACGCCGUGAAGUCCGGUCAUCAGGCGCAGCUCGUGGCACCCUGCAUCACCCGGCCUUGCGUUUACCAGGGGAAGGGGAAAAGGAAAGGGAAGGGGAGGAAGGGACUGCUGUAGUGCAGCUCUCUUUGGCGUGUAGUGACCGUGGCUCUCCUUGUCUGCCACGUUUACGGGAUUAAGCUGUUGCAGAUGCUGAUGCUUGAAGCCUGUUGAAGCCUUGUCACGGGACAGCAGCCCCUCUGAUAGUUUUCCAGGGCCUUUCUCGCUGUACGUCCUGCCGCUGGCUUACAGCCCAGACUAACAUUUGGCACUUUCUCCCCUCUCCUGCAGCCGGGCUCACGCCCCGUGGCUCAGCCCCUUCCUCCGGGCAUUGCCCCAGCUCGUCCCCCUGCCCUCACCUCUGCCCGCAGCUCUCCCCCCAGCCCGGCCGUGCUGGAGCUGCUCCACAGGCUCGGCCUCUCCUGCCAGAUCGGAUGGAAAUCCCUGGGCACGCCUUCAUAUUUUCCCCUUGAUCUCACCGUCCCUGUUAGCCAGGGUGAUGCUUUGCAUGGGACAGCAGCUCUGCUUGCCUCCUGGUCCGCAGCCCCUCAGCAUUGCCCCCUCUCCCCGUGCCCCCUCCUCGCCCGCUGCUGCCCAUCUCCCUGCGCCCCGUGUCCGGCAGCCCCCAGCCCCAUGCCUGCAGGCAAGGAUCUCGGGGUGCUCGGCAGCAGCUGGAGCACGGAGCUGGGGAGGGAUGGGGAGAGAUGGAUGGGGAGGGAUGGGGAAGGUUGGGGGGGACAGGGAGGAUGAGGGAGGACAGGGAGACAUGGCCUUGGGACCAGGGGGGCCAGCCAUGGGCUCACGGUGGUCCCACCACCCCCCGCCUCAGCAGACCCCCUGGGAGGCUCCCUGGGAAGAUGCCUUUUUCCCAUCUGUGUGUCCUGUUCCCCCUCCCUUCCCUCUCUCUGGUCUUCCUCCCUGGCUGGCUGCGAGGUCUCCCGUGUGGCGCGGGGGGCUCUCCCUGCGGGGCGCUGCCGUGGGCACGGGAAGGGGCAGCUGCCUCUUGACCACCUCCCAUCUCUUAACAGUUCCCGGAGCAGAGGCAGCAGAGUGCCGGGCGACGUUCCCCCUCGCCGUGCCCAGCCUGGAGCCAAGAGCUGCUGCAGAGACGGCGGGACGGCGUGCGGGCUGCUCGCAACGGCACCGCCUUGCCUCGGUCGAGCUCCUGGAACCCGGUUUUGGUCCCUGCACAGCACAGCUCUGGUUGGUCCCCCCGGGCCGUGCCUGGCAGCAGCGAGAGCCACGGCGGGCGCCGAGCAGCCCCUGCUCCGCAGGCAGACCUGUGAUCGCCCUCGAGUCGGCUCCACCACCGAGACCAGCGGCCCCUCGCCCGGGCAGGGGGGACGUGACUGGAGAAACGGGGAGGGAUGGGACGGCGCAAGGAGCCCGGUGUCCCGAAGGGAGGGCGAGGAGAGCCCAGCCUGCUGCGGGCUGCAGGGAUGACGUCCCCGAACACGGAGUCCUGGCAGGCUCCCGUGCUCACGUUUUCUUUCAAACACCGAAGUUUGGACUGUGGCGUUUCCUUGAAAAACUCCCCUACUGCACAGGGCUCUGGGAAAGGCAAAGACUGGGAGAGCAGAUGACAUCAUUAUCCUUUCUGCUUCUCCCUAAAGCUUUCAGAAGCCCUGAGGAAGAGGACUCAGAGUAAAGAUGGUCUCCUUCCUCCUUCCAGUUAAGUCCUCCACCAGCCCAGAUUUUAUCCUCAGUGGCGAGGAGCCAAGGAGCAGUACAGAGUCACUUGGGAAAAAAUUUUUAAGUGCUGUCGGAUACAGACCCCGGCCUGGAGCAGAAGCCCCUGGCGGCGGACGAGGCGGGAACGCAAACCCUGCCCAAAAUCCAGGUGACACUUGCUCCUUCCCCGUGCCCAGCGACAGAGGUUUGGCAACCAAGGGCAAAGCUGGCCACCGCGUGCCCCGGGGAGGGGGGGGGACCCGCACGGGCUGGCCCGUCCUGGUACGGGGAGGGGAUGCCUGGCAAGGGCCACCCUCCAGGCAGCAAAUCUAGCCGUGCCGGUGCGGUGAGUGGUGCUCCCAGCCCAACCCCAGCCUUGCUGCCGGCGGGGAGCUGGGAAAGGUCCCCAAAACAGCCGUGCGGCGGAUGCACGGGGUGCCUGGCCGAACAGCAUCCUUGGUCUCUCAGCAAAGGCUGCCCAGGAGCCACAGGUACCGCGGGGACGAGGGCAGGUCCUCUGAUGGGACGGGAGCGGGUACAGAACGGCAGCCAGGGAGAAAAGCCGGCGUUCCCUGUGGAAGGAGGAUGCCAGGGGAGUCCCACCGAGACCCCCGCGGGGGCCGGUGCUGCCAGCCGGUGCGGGAACGCUCUGGCACCGGGGCAGGGUGAGGCGAGAAUUAAUCUGCUCGCAGCGCUGGGUUAGCUGAUGCAGCUAAUUAGGCUCUGAGGAGCCGCAGCAGGAUGCCGCAGUGAUGUGUGGCACAGGAACGGGAUCUACCCCGCGUCAGUAAAUGGAAAGCGACAUCCAUUUCCCGUUUUGCCUGUGAAACGAUGAGUUCGGAGCUUACCACUGCCGCUCGGGAGUCAGAUCCCCCCAGGGGGUGAUAGCUGUUCGGGUGCAAGUGGAAGUUCAGUGCUCAGGGGUGGUCAAAAAAGCCAAUCAAGUGCUAGGGAAAGGAGCAAAGGCAAUAGUGGGGGACAAACCAGAACCGCCUUACAGUCCCUUUCUCAAACGGGAAGAAGUCCAGCGUGGCAGCAAGGGCCAUCGAAGGGCUGGAGCGAGCGCGUGGGGUGGGCGUCCUGGGUGGGGAAAGACGCCUGCGCCAGUCCCGUACUGGAUCCAUCCUGACCAGGAGCGGCUGCUGAGCGGGGCAGCAGCUGCCCUUUCAGUCUGUCUCAGAAUACGGCUCCGACAAAAACUGCAAGUCUGUUGAUUUCGAAGAAGUUUUAUGUUCUAGCAAAUGCUUAACAUCUUUCUAAAUUUCAUAUCCUUCCUUGCUUGCCAAGAUCUGACGGCUUCACCGUCAAAGAAACCGAAAAAAAAAAAAAAAAAUAUGUUACAAGUUUCUUCUGUCUGAAAAAUUUCCUCCUGAUUAAGUUUAGCGAGGGCUUUGCUCGGCGGCGGGAAAUGAACCUUUCUGCAGUAUCAGCUGCUGGCUCGGCUCCGGCUGUCCUCUGCUCGCGGGCGUGGGACGCAGCCGCCCAGCAGUCGGGCAGUCCUGCCCAAAGACGCACCCGCCUCACCUUUUGUGUUAAACUUUAUGGAUGAAAGCGUGCCGGGCACUCCGGUGAUGAUUUAUGCCGGGUUGCCAAGUGGCUCCAGCGUCCCUCUCCCCAGCUGAGUGCUCCCGUUAGGAGGCAGCUUUUCUCCUACGCCCGACGAGCCGAUGUUUGCGGCGAGCACCCAGUUCUCCUCUUCGGAGAGCGCAGUCCCGAGACACCUCUGACAGAAGUGUGGGGCUGAGCUGCCGGCUGUAAAAGAAACACCGGUGUCUUUAAUAGCAACUACGUCGUCUUCCCAACACGCAUGUAAUUAUUUUAAUCCACGGUACUGCUCCUAAUCAGAUUAUAGACAGUCUCGGCGAGCCUGUCUGUGCGUAAGCGGGUGAGUUUGAAGCCGUGCCCUGGGAGGUGGAUGCGGGAAUCCUUGCUGCAGCCUGGGAGCUCAACAUCUGGAGGCGACAGAGGAUAAGACCCCGGGGGUAUCCGUCAUCUUUAGAAGUUCCAGGCUUGCACGGGGCAGCUCUGGGCACCAGAAAUUCCUCUUCCAGAGCGCUGCCUUGUUUGCCUCCCCAGCCGGCAGAGCUGCUCUCGGUCUGCCCCUUCGGCGUGACUUUUUCUCCCGGGUGCUUUUCUCCUCUGCUGCCCCAGCUCCCCCCACCUGAGCCCCCCCCCAGACCGCCGUGGUUCCCGGGGAAGAGCAGCUACCCCUCCCGUGCUGUCCCCACCGGCGGCACAGCCGGUGUCACAGCCACUGCCCAAGCCUGGCACCGUGCCGGGCAGCUUUGGGAUGGAUCUCGGCGGGGCUGGAUCUGAUUCCCAGUGUGUCCCCAGCACGGCAUCCAGGGGGUGCUGAAGAUUUGUUUCCAUAUAUAACAAAAUAUCUUCAUAAAGUGAUCUGGAUGAUGGGACCAAGCAUAGCCCGAUGAAGUCUGCUGAUGAUGCCAGACUGAGCGGGGAAGCGGACGCCUGGGAAGGGAGAGCCACCCUGCAGGAAGACCUUGGCUAGGCUGAAGGAUUGGGCUAAGAAGAACCUUGGGAAUUUCAACAAGGACAGUGUAAGGUCUUGCACCUGGGAAAACAUCAUCCAGGAGCGCAGCCCUGGCUGGGGAGCAGCUCUGCAGAAAGGGAUUUACCUGGGGGUCCUGGGGGACAAGCAGCUCAACACGAGUGAGCAGUGGACUGCAGCGGCGAAAAAAGCCAACGGGGUGAUGGGCUGCAUCACCAGCAGGGAUAGAACAGUCUGCUCUGCACUUGUCAGGCCACGCCUGGAAUACUGUGUUCAGUUCUGGUCCCCGCUACACAAAAAAGCUGUGGCCGGGCUGGAGAGGGCCCAGAGAAGGGCCACGAAGAUGAUCAAGGGACGGGGCAGCCAUGUGAGGAAAGGCUGAGAGAACUGAGUUUGCUCAGCCUUGAGAAGAGAAGCCUUAGGGGAGACCUUAUCACCAUGUUCCAGUGUUUAAAGGGUGACUACAGAGGAGAUGGAGACUCCCUUUUUACAAGGAAUCACAUGGAAAAGAUGCGGGGUGAUGGGGACGACUUUCUCACUGGGAGAUUCCAAUCAGACACAGGAGGAAAAUUUUUUACAGUGAGAACAAUCAGCCACUGGAAUAAUCUCCUCAGGGAAGUGGUGGGUUCCCCAGCACUGGACACUCUUAAGGUUCAGCUGGACCAGGUGCCGGGCCAUCUCGUCUAGACUGAGCUUUUGCCAAGACAGGUUGGACCAGAUGAUCCUCGAGGUCCCCUCCAGGCCGGUAUUCCGUGAUUCGACGAGAAAGAGGAGUCAGAGCCAUUGCAGAGUUCUCUGACAAACUCCUCCACUGGGAAAGAUGCGUUUUGCCCAUAAACAACGUCGCAGAAAAUUCAGCCAAGGACAAUGGCAUCUGCCUAGGCUUUCAAGAAGCUAGCGGGCGCGCGGGACCAGAACUAAGGUUCUUUCUUGAACUCCAUUCCUUCCUCGCUGGCGUUUCACAGCUGUCUUUGAAAAGGCAAAACCAGAACAGCUUAAAA